CGGCGCGGCGGCUCGGCUGCGGGAGCGUGAGGCGGCUGCAGCGGAACUGGUGGGGGUCCCGCGCGGCGCCCGCGACCCCAGGCCUCCAGGCAUGGUCGCCUCUGAGGUGCGGAGCGGCUCCCCCGCCGGCUGGUGCGCUAGCUGGGAAGGCGGGGGUGGAGAGGCGAGCCACGUUCGCCCGGCCAGGCCUCCACCAUGGACAGAGGCCAGCCCUGGCUCCUCCCUGGUAUCCCAGCUCCUUCUGCCAGGCCCUGAAGACCCAGGGGAUGGUUUGAGUGUUGUCCAAGGUCUGUCCAGCCAUCCAGAGUGGGCUCCUUGAGACUGUUGGGAAGAGCCCCCAACCAGCCCCAGGAUUCUCCCUUGGUGCAGCUGCCCAGGAUCUCUGAGUCAAAGGAGAUCGUGAGGAAGAAACUGCUGUGGUAACCUUUUUCCCCAAGGAAAAUCUUAUACAAAAGCCCAAGACAAGAAAAGCAAAACUUUGGCUGAAGUGGGGUGGGGAUCCAGGACGGGUCCCGUUGGCAUUAUCCUGCCCAUGAUUCACCUUUACCCAGGUGGCCUUGGAGGGUCUCAGGAAGAUAUUUUGGGAAAAGCCAGAGCUCUGAAGACUGGUCCACAUUGAGAUUGUGUGCUGUGAUGGGGAAGCCCUGGCAGGUCCUGCCUGGCUCGCUGAAUGAGAUUGGUGUUACCUGAAGACUGCUCCAUCUGGGAGUUCACUCAACCUGGAAGGGACUGAGAGGGGACUGGUGAGAGAUGAAGUUCAGCGGGUGGAGUAGAGCCCAUUGGCCCAUCUUGGGCUUGACAAACCCCUGCCCUCCGGAAGAGAUGCCCUGUAUCCAAGCCCAAUAUGGGACACCAGCACCGAGCCCAGGACCCCGUGACCACCUGGCAAGCGACCCCCUGACCCUUGAGCUCAGCAAGCCCACGAUGGACCUGGCCAGCCCCGAGGUGGCUCCCACUGCCCCCACCGCCUUGCCCAGCUUCAGCACCUUCAUGGACGGCUACACCGGGGAGUUUGACACCUUCCUGUACCACCUGCCGGGAACGGCCCAGCCUUGCUCUUCAGCCUCGUCCUCAGCCUCAUCCACAUCGUCGUCCUCAGCCACCUCCCCCGCCUCUGCUUCCUUCAAGUUCGAGGACUUCCAGGUCUACGGCUGCUACCCCGGCACCCUGAGCGGCCCGCUAGAUGAGACCCUGUCCUCCAGCGGCUCUGACUACUACGGCAGCCCCUGCUCAGCCCCAUCACCACCCACACCCGGCCUCCAGCCACCCCAGCUCUCUCCCUGGGACGGCUCCUUCGGCCCCUUCUCCCCCAGCCAGACUUACGAAGGCCUGCGCGCAUGGACAGAGCAGCUGCCCAAGGCUCCUGGGCCCCCUCAGCCGCCCACCUUUUUUUCCUUCAGCCCUCCCACCGGCCCCAGCCCCAGGCUGGCCCAGAACCCCCUGAAGCUGUUCCCCUCGCAGGCCACCCACCCGUUGGGGGAGGGAGAGAGCUAUUCCAUGCCAACGGCUUUCCCAGGCCUGGUGCCCACUUCUCCACACCUUGAUGGCCCGGGGAUGCUGGACGUGCCUGUGACCUCAGCCAAGUCCCGGAGUGGGGCUCCAGGUGGAAGCGAGGGCCGCUGUGCUGUGUGUGGGGACAAUGCUUCAUGCCAGCAUUAUGGUGUCCGCACCUGUGAGGGCUGCAAAGGCUUCUUCAAGCGCACAGUGCAGAAAAACGCCAAGUACAUCUGCCUGGCAAACAAGGACUGUCCUGUGGACAAGAGACGACGAAACCGCUGCCAGUUCUGCCGCUUCCAGAAGUGCCUGGCUGUGGGCAUGGUGAAGGAAGUUGUCCGGACAGACAGCCUGAAGGGGCGAAGGGGGCGGCUCCCUUCGAAGCCCAAACAACCCCCAGAUGCCUCCCCUGCCAAUCUCCUCACCUCCCUGGUCCGGGCGCACCUGGACUCGGGGCCCAGCACAGCCAAACUGGACUACUCCCAGUUCCAGGAGCUGGUGCUGCCCCACUUUGGGAAAGAGGAUGCCGGGGACGUGCAGCAGUUCUACGACCUCCUCUCAGGGUCCCUGGAGGUGAUCCGCAAGUGGGCGGAGAAGAUCCCCGGCUUUACCGAGCUGUCUCCAGGUGACCAGGACCUGCUGCUAGAGUCAGCCUUCCUGGAGCUCUUCAUUCUCCGCCUGGCCUACCGGUCCAAACCGGCCGAGGGGAAGCUCAUCUUCUGCUCCGGCCUUGUGCUGCAUCAUCUGCAGUGUGCCCGAGGCUUCGGCAACUGGAUCGACAGCAUUCUGGCCUUCUCGCGGUCCCUGCACAGCUUGGUUGUGGACGUCCCUGCCUUCGCCUGCCUCUCGGCGCUCGUCCUCAUCACAGACCGGCAUGGGCUGCAGGAGCCGCAGCGGGUGGAGGAGCUGCAGAACCGCAUUGCCAGCUGCCUGAAGGAACACGUCUCAGCCGUGGCGGGCGAGCCCCAGCCGGCCAGCUGCCUGUCACGCCUGCUGGGCAAGCUGCCUGAGUUGCGGACCUUGUGCACCCAGGGCCUACAGCGUAUCUUCUACCUCAAGCUGGAGGACUUGGUGCCCCCUCCUCCCAUCGUGGACAAGAUCUUCAUGGAGACGCUGCCCUUCUGACCCCAGCCCGGGAACAUGCGUGCACUGCAUAUGUACGCUUCUGUGCCACCCCACGUGCCUUGAGCCUUUGGCCCUCAGUCCCUGGAGCACCGUUGCCCCCUUCCCUGGGCUGGAACUGUAGACUGGUGGGCUGCCCCACUUGCUCUGGGAGGUCACGCCCUGGGUGGGGGGAUACAUCCAAGGGGGGACCCCUACUAUUUGUCUUACCCCCCCAAUCCUGGCCCUGGCCUUCAUGUUUUUUGUAAGAUAAACCGUUUUUAACACACACCGCUGUGCUGUAAAUAAGCCGAAUGCUGCUGUAAAUACAGGAAGGAAGAGGUUGAGGUGGGGGUGGGGGUGGGGGUGGGGGUGGGAGGGAGGGAUGGGCCCCACCGGCCUGGCCGAGCCUUCUGUAGCCUCCUCUUACUGGCUCUCCCUUCCCACCUCCGUCCAUAUGUACAUAAACUCACCCUAGGAGGAAGACAGAUGACAGAUUCUGACAUUUAUAUUUGUGUAUUUUCCUGGAUUUAUAGUAUGUGACUUUUCUGAUUAAUAUAUUUAAUAUAUUGAAUAAAAAAUAGACAUGUAGCUGAAACU